AUGAAAAUUUACACAGUUUUAGUGCUGACCUUAUUUUUAAAAACAUACUCUGCAGAUAUUUUAUCAUGUGGAAGUUCACUUGGAUAUUCGAUUCCAACCAUGUGCCGAAUAUCAGGUGGAUCAGUUGCUGAUGGAGAAUCUCUUCAAAUUUCAAAUGCAAAUGCAAAUAUUACAACCUUGUCAUUUUCCAAUACAGAAUUUACAUCAAUUCCAGCAGAUACUUUUGUAAAGUUUCAAAAUAUUAAAGUUUUUUAUGUGACAAACAAUAAUUUAAAAAGCUUUUAUGGUUCCAGUUUUCAAAACGCAAAACAGCUUACGCAAAUGUCUUUAUUUACUAAUCAAAUUACAGCAAUACCAAAUCAAGCAUUUUCAUUAUGCUCGUCAUUAAAUAAACUAUCAAUCUAUAACAAUCCGAUCAUAGAUCUAAGUGAGAGUCCUUUUGCAGGUCUUACACAAUUACAAGAACUGUCACUUGAAGACCUUCCGCUCGAAUCGUUUGAUUCCUCUAUCUUUGUGCAUCUUCCUGCUUUAGAAAAGCUUGAUAUUACAAACUGCAGUCUUAGAGUUAUCGAUAAAGACUUUUUGGACAGCAACUUAAAUAUAACGGAAAUAAAAUUGUACGAUAAUGAUAUAGUGACAAUUGAAGAUGGUGCCUUUUCUACUUUAGUAUCACUGAAUUAUUUGGAUGUAAGUUACAACUUGUUGACUUCAUUGAAAACAGUUUAA